AUGCUGGACCAGAAAACGGUCGAUCAAGCACCAGCAUGGGUCACCACUGAUGGUGAACAUGAUGUCGAAGCUCUCGACGACAACCAGAAACACACUCUCCCCACACAGAUAUCCAAAUGGAAAAAAGUCGUCGACAUCGUGACAUGGAUGCCGCCGUGGUGCCGCUACAAUCCAAACACACCACCAACAUUUUCCAUAUGGCAUAAUGUCCUUUUCGCUUUCGCGGGCGCCUUCACCGUAGGCAAUCUCUACUACAACCAUCCCAUAUUAAAUAUCCUGGCCCACGACUUCGAUGUGCCGUACGUGACGGUUUCACGCAUUCCGACUUUGAUGCAGGCCGGCUAUGCGACGGGCCUACUGUUGGUAUGUCCUCUGGGAGACCUACUCAAACGACGCCCACUGACACUGGUGCUCAUUUUCUUCACCGCGACCAUGUGGAUCGGCCUUUGCAUCACCCCUUCAUUCGCAGCCUUUUGCGCCAUCUCCUACGUCUGCGCCGUCACCACCGUCAUCCCACAAGUGAUGCUGCCGCUGGUCUCGGAGCUAGCUCCACCAAAUCAACGCGCAUUGGCUCUUAGCAUUACCACGUCCGGCAACUUGCUCGGUAUCGUGAUUGCGCGUAUCCUAUCCGGCGUCGUCACGAACUUCACCUCCUGGCGCAAUAUCUACUGGAUCGCCCUGGCCUUGCAGUACAUGAUUCUCUGCGCGCUGUGGCUGUUCAUGCCCGACUAUCCAUCUUCCAACCCAGAUGGACUCAACUACUUCAAGAUGAUCGGCGGCAUCAUCUUUCUGUACAAGAAGCACGCCGUCCUGGUACAAGCCGGACUGGUGAGUUUCUGCAUCUCCGCUGCCUUCACAAGCUACUGGACGACGUUGACCUUCCUGCUCGCGGAUCCGCCAUACAACUAUCCACCCGUGAUCAUUGGGCUGUUCGCCCUGAUUGGCAUCGCCGGCAUCUUGCUCGGCCCCUUGUACGCCAAGUACUUGAUCCAACCCUUUGCGCCGCUCUUCAGCUGCAUGAUGGGCUGCUUCGCGAAUCUCGUGGGCAUCGUCAUCGGCACAUACACCGGUCCCCACACUGUUGCGGGGCCCAUCAUCCAAGCUUUCACGCUGGACAUGGGUUUGCAGAUUACACAGGUUGCCAAUCGCAGCGCCAUCCACGCCAUCGAACCCAACGGCCGCAACAGGGUCAACACCGCCUUCAUGCUCAUGACCUUCACGGGCCAGCUGACAGGGACCAGCGCUGGUGCCAAGCUCUACGAGCGCGGCGGCUGGAUGGCCAGCGGCAGCUUGAGUGUUGCGCUGGUCGGAUUGACGUUCCUCAUCUGCAUUGCCCGCGGACCUUAUGAGGAAGGCUGGAUCGGUUGGAGCGGCGGCUGGGACUUGCGCAAGAAGAAUCUCGCCGAAGCCACCAGUGGACCAGCUCCGGCUCCUGCUCCAGCGUCAAAUGCUGUUCCUAUAGCCCUCGUGGAAUCGAGAAUCGACGAGGAGAAAUAA